AAACAACAACGUCGUAAAGCGUUGAAUGAGGAAAAACGUCGUAAGAGGAAUUUGAAGAGUAAGGGUCUUGACCAGAUUAUGGAGAAUGAGGCUGAGGAAUCUGAAGAUGAAUGGCAAGGUGUUGGUGGAGCGGAAGGCGAAAGAUCGGACGAAGAGGAUUCUGAAGAUGAGAAGAUGUUUGACGAUGUUACUAAGAUCAAGCAAGAUAGAAUGGAAUUGGCUAAGGAAAUUGCUGCAGAAGAUGCACAAAUGGAUCAAAAGAUGUUGAUGAAAAUCUUGAAGGAUCUUGAAACAGGUAAUUGGAAAAGACGUGGUGGUGAUUCUGCUGAUGGUUUCGAUUUCUACGAUGAAGAAGACGAGGUAAUGAGAAGAUACAAGAUGUACCAACAGAGCAAACUAAGAGAAAAG